AUGGUCCACCCCACAAGGACCCCCCAAACAACAACAGACAAAAUUCAGCCACACAGUCCGACCAGAAAAACAAUUUCUGUCGACGUGGAGGUUGACAGCCACCUUGUGCUUACAUACGACAGUACAGAAGAUCACUUAACUUCAGCCACCAUGGUUCCAACCUUGUCGUAUCCGUAUUCCACGCACUGUCAGCUAUCAGCUAUCGAUGAUAUAUACAGUGUGGACAGUGGUACUGACUGUAUUUUUUCAACGGCAGACAUCCAAAACAAUAAUCAGACCAAUCUUGAACGGUAUGGAACUAUUCCAGACAUGUUUCACAAAAGAAAUAUUUGGACAGAAGGUCUAGAGUGGCCGGAGGAAGAGUUAUUCGUGAUUCACUCGAACCCACAGGGAUUUCAAAGACAGUUUGACCUAAACGGUAAACAGGGGCGGACGGAAUUUUUGAAAAAUUCACGAAAACAUGACUUUGGAUUGAAACCCAAUAUUCCGUUAAAACUAACCAUUGGAAAAGGACCGCCGGUCUAUGACGCCCAAACCAAUGAUAUAUUGGCCUCGAUUGGUGAUCGGAAACAGAGCUCAGUUGUAAACAAUUCAAUCAACUAUUCCAUAGUGAACAGUCAGCUGGUAAAAAAAUCUUCUGACCCAACUAAUCCAACGGCUACCCUACACGUGGCUAUAUCGGAUCCAAAGCGAGAAAAACGGAUUAGAGAGUACCUAAAAAAGUACUUCCCGAGGGAGAUUCAGAAUAUAUCUGAGGAAGUCUUUAAACAAGGAAGAGAUGGUUGUAAUGAAUCAAAAGGUGUGUGUCAGGGGCCCUGUUCCCAAAGAAUCAAAGAUCCCCGACCAACUCGCUUCACUCGUUCCCUAGAGCGAACUGUUUGCUUUGAACCUCUACUCCGAACGAUAUCCAAGCAUAGGUUGAACGCAUCGGAGAAACAGUCGGAACGGGAGCUUCGUAAACCGGAACGGCAACAACAAAAACUGACAAAUGUUUAUGUUGUCCACAAAAAGCUCACAGAAAAGACCCAAGAUUCCAAUGAUCCCAAAGUGCGUCGUCAUAACAGAGUAACUAUUGCUGCACGACAUUCUUCUGAGACUCUUGCCAAUGACAAAAGGGUUGGGUUUCGAGAUAAAACAGCAAAUAGGAUACGCCGCUCAAAUCUAGGGGAUCUAAAUACCACCGCUAAUUCGGAAGAAAAUAGGAAAAGUGUAAAAUGCUUGCAGUCAACCAGUGCUCGGAUGGAACCCACAAACUUACUAAAAACAAUUUCGACAAAAUUUCAGUUAGAGAAACGGACCUAUUCUACAACACCGUUGCCCAAACAAAAUGGCACGGUAUUUUGUGAAGAACGAACAAGAAAUUGCGUUGGAGACCUGUCACUUCCCGCCCUUGGAACUAUCAAGUCAAACGGUUUCGCUGAUAAAAUUUCACAAGUUAACAGACUGCAGGAGAAAUUGGAGAAAAUCCGGAGACAAAUAAAACAAUUACAGAAUUACAACAAUGUGGGAAGAGUCUUCUGCAUGGCUGAUACAUUCAUUAGGAUUUUGUGUGCUCAGUUAGCACCGCACAUUCUAAAAGCUGCCGUCGAAACCCCCUGCUACCCAGAUUUGAGGUCAAAGAACAGGAGAUUUGCAUCGGUGAAUUUGAUUGCCUUGCCACGAUCUUUUGUGGACAGCAUCUUGCAACUCAAGGCCCCUUGGAAGGACGGUAAGAAACACCUACCAAACCGCAAACCUGUGAAGCGCUUGUGUCUGAAAGAGGAAACCUCCGCGAUCUCAAUUCUCGAUGAAGAGUCUGAGUCGGUAUGUAUCACCAAACUGGACGUCUCGGACGACAACAGUUCGCAAUCCGCAUUAUUCAAAGAAACUUCUGUUCAUCCGCAGAUGGCCACAUCAAGAGAAAGUCAAAAGACCGAAAAAUACCACAGGGGCCGAAUUGGGAAACUCUGCCACCUGAUGGCUUUGCCGUCGUGGGAACAAAAAUACAUGGGUCUUAGAAGAAACAAACGAAUUUCAAGUGCCAUCAUGCUUGCAUGGAAAGAUACAUGUGCUUUCGGUAAAUCUCACUCGGGCUGGCUCAGAUACACUGCACAAGGACUUAUAAAACGCCGAGACAGACAUAACAAGGAUAAGAAAAAGUAAUACAUGCUGAAAAAAAUUGGCGGUGGGAUGGAGGAGGAAGUUUCUGAAGUUGUGGUGUUGUUACGACCGUCAAGCAUGCGGAAAUCAAGCAUCAGUGCUGACUUGGAAAAUGUUUCUAAACAGCAGAAGCCAGAAGCCCCAGCAACUGAAGAAAAUAACUGCUUCACGACUAAAUUAAACUAUUGGUUGAAACUUGCUUUGACUGUUUUAACACAAUCAACAUCUUUUGUAUUCCAUGGAUGAAUUUUGUCCGAAUACAAUUUGGUCGAACUUCUUAUCUAAAAGC